AUCUCUGAAUAAAAGGCUCCAUGCACACACAAGCGCACGCGCUCACACACGGAGAAAAUCCUUUUGCCUGUUGAUUUAUGGAAACAAUUAUGAUUCUGCUGGAGGAUUUCUCAGCUGAGAAAUAGCUUGUAGCUACAGUAGAAAGGCUCAAGUUGCAGGAGGCAGACAGCAGACACGGAACUCUUGUGUACCCAGCUGUUCUAAACAGAACAAAAGCCAAGUAGCAAACGGCACUACAGCAACUGGCCUUGUUGCAACCUGUUUUUAUAAGGAUACAUCUAUCAACUGUGUCACUGAAGGAGGAAUCCCGGUAUUGGUAUCAGAAGCUAAAAGAUAAGCUUACCGGUUUGGAAAGAGUGACUACCUUUUCUUAAAUCAAUCUACAGUUCACAGACAGGAGGAGGCCCAUGACCUAGGAGUAGCCAUCAACUCAAGAUUCAAUUCUCAUUAUGUUAUUCAUGAACACCCGGAGCACUACACUAUAAUGCGCAAAUGGAUACUGACAUGGAUCCUGCCAACUCUGCUCUGCAGGUCAUGCUUCCAGCUUGUCUGUCUAGUGGGCACUAUAUCUCUAGCAUGCAAUGACAUGAGUCCAGAGCAAACGGCUACGAAUGUGAACUGUUCUAGCCCCGAGCGACACACAAGAAGUUAUGAUUACAUGGAAGGAGGGGAUAUAAGGGUGAGGAGACUGUUCUGCCGCACACAGUGGUAUCUGAGGAUUGACAAGCGAGGCAAAGUGAAAGGGACCCAGGAGAUGAAGAACAGCUACAACAUCAUGGAAAUCAGGACUGUGGCAGUUGGAAUUGUGGCAAUCAAAGGGGUGGAAAGUGAAUACUAUCUUGCAAUGAAUAAAGAUGGAAAACUCUAUGCAAAGAAAGAAUGCAACGAGGAUUGCAACUUCAAAGAACUAAUUCUGGAAAACCAUUACAACACAUACGCAUCAGCUAAAUGGACACACAGUGGCGGGGAAAUGUUUGUUGCCUUAAAUCAAAAGGGGCUUCCCGUCAAAGGGAAGAAAACGAAAAAAGAACAAAAAACGGCCCAUUUUCUUCCUAUGGCAAUAACUUAAUCAUACACGGUGUUUGAGAAACCAGUUUCAUUCAGCAGGGAGAUCUCUUUCCAGUGGACUUUUUUCUUCUUUCUUUUUCCUUACUUUCUCUCUCUCUCUCUCUUAAAGUAACCAAGAAAGGCUGGAAAACUACUGAAAACUGAUCAAGCUGGACUUGCGCAUUUUUGUUUAUUUUAAAAGACUGCAUUAAAGAAAGAGCUGAAGAGUAUACACACAAACCAGAUUUAGUAACUGAAAGUUGUAAAAAGUUGUAAAAGUGGUUGUACAAUCAUGUUAGUAAUAGUGAUGUGUUUCUUAAAUUAAUUUACCCUUAAGAGUAUGUUAGAUUUGACUAUCUGAUCAUGAAUAUUUAAUAUCACUAUCUGCUUAUAAAAUGGCUGCUAUAAUAAUAAUGAAGAUGAUGCAGAUGAUGUUAUAUAAGGGAUGUCAGACCUAACCCUGCUGGGAUGCCUGAGGAUGAUCAAGCCGGCACACACCAUAGACAAUGAGCAGUGCUUGAGAGCUUUCCAGUAAGAACUAUCAUCCAUUUCAGCUCUACUCAGAAAAGUGAUGCUCUCAGCAGUUUAUCAUAGAAUGGAAUCGACAGGUGGUCUUACAAAAUGACAAUAUUGGAACAUACCUGUGCUGAUUAACAUGAAAAAAAUCCUAAUGCCACUCAAAUUGAAAAGGUAUUGCUAACAGGAUGUUUUAGAAAUCUGUAUAUAAAAUAGCAAUAAUGAUGGUAAUACUGUAUUUCAUCUCAUCACAAAAUAACAUUUUAUAAUCCCUAAAAAUAAAAUUCCAAAAUCUUUAAGUCUUUUUCAAGUAACAAAUCUAUCUUUUGUAUAAUUCACAUUUGGGAACACAACUUUAAAUAAUGUUCUUCCCACACAUAAUCAUGUCUCCCCCCUCCCCUGUGGUUACAGCAUUAAACUCUACUUUAAGUUGUAUUUGAAUUUUAUUGUUUUGUUAUUUAAGUUUAUGUUAUUUAUAAAGAAAAAACCUUAAGAAGCCGUUUCUGUUUCAUAUGCUUUUAAUUUCAAGGGAACAACAAACCGCCUGGCUGUACUGCAGAUUUCUCCUCCCCUGGUGACUGACACCAACUCUAGGACACAGCACUUGGCUAGCAAGUGUUGGAUGGAAGACAAAAAUGACAGCCCGCAGCCAUGCUUACAAGAGAUGUCUCACAGCAAACAAUGCAAAUAUGUGGGAAAGAUUUUGCCACAACACUCUUGCCAAUGAAUUUGGAUCAUAUAAGUAAAAGAAAGCAGAGGGUUUUAGUCAGAAUAUAUUUUGAUACAUGGCAAUAAAACAUGGUUUAGAAGUCGGUCUAUUUAAAGUUAGCUAUUUGAUAGUCUUGGGAAGUAUCUACCAUGCAAAAGACGCCAAAAUUGA